GCCUUUCUCCCUCUCUCCGUGCAAGAGCAAGAGGAGAGCGCAGGCUGGGAUGCCUCCACCAACCUGGGCAAAGUCGGCGCCUGCUGUGCCGAGUUGGACCUCUUCGAGGCGAACAUGAAUUCGUCCGCGAUGACGGUGCAUCCUUGCGCAUCCGAGGAGCCGUCAACGUGCGAGACGGAUGAGUGCGACAAGGAGACCAUCUGCGACAAGGACGGCUGCCAGUACAAUCCUUACCACAUGGGCAACCCGUGGUUCUAUGGACCUGGGGAGACCUUCACGAUCGAUACCACCAAGAAGUUCACAGUGGUGACGCAGUUCAUCACCGAGGACGGCACCGACGAAGGCGACCUGGUCGAGAUGCGGCGCUUCUACAUCCAGGACGGGAAGACGUGGGCGUUGCCCAACGUGAGCGGGAUCGAGAAGACGCAGGAGCACGUCACGGGCAACUCCCUCAACGACGGGUACUGCUCGGCGAAGAACGGGGACAAGCUCUUCGGCGCGGGCGGCGAGCGCAGGCUGGGCUCCACGGGCCACCACGCCGCGCACGCCGCGCACGCCGCGCACGCCGCGCACGGGCACGCCGCAGAGGCCGCCAGGACGGCGGCGAUCGAGGAGGCCCUCGGCUCCGUGGGGAAGAAGAGCAAGGGCAAGGAGUGGGACGCGGAUAAGGAGCUGGACGACGAGCUGGACCGCCUGCUGGAGGAGCCGCCGGUGAAGAGCGACUACAUGAAGAAGAUGGGCGACGCCCUGGACAGAGGCAUGGUGCUCAUCCUCUCGGUCUGGGACGACCAGGCGACGAACAUGGCUUGGCUGGACGCGAGCAGCCUCGUUGGCCAGAGCGAGUCAGGCGGCAGCACCGUGUGGGAGGGCCCGUGCUUCGAGAACUCCGCCGACGUCAGGGACACCGCCCCGGACUCCGCAGUCACGUUCACCGACAUUGCGUACGGGGAGCUGUUCAGCACCUGCCCCAGCUGCAAGGACGCGGAGAUCCCGACACACACGAGCAGCAGCAGCAGCACCAGCAAGCCGACGCCCAAGCCCACGAGCUCGGUCAGCGAGGAGCCCGCAGGCGGCGAGAGCGUUCGCACGACGGACUCGUCGACGGAGCCCCCGUGGGUCUUCGACAAGUCCACCACCACGGCGCCAGCGCCGCCCCCGCCGCUGUUCAUGAACUUCGGGUUCAUGGGCAUGGUCGUCUUGGGGGGGUCGGCCGCGGCUGGUCUCUGCGCGUGGAGCUAUCUCAAGUCGCAGGGCUGGGAGCUGCGCGUCAACAGGCUGCCGGGCUUCGGCGGCGUCGCCGUGCCGGGCUCCCCGACCGCGGCCGGCGGCCGCGGCGAGGGCUCGCGCAGCCUCGUGAGGCCCACGGAGUAGGCGCCCGGCAGCGGUCGGCCCCGGCCACGGCCGCAGAAUGGCCGGGCGCCGAGGCCCCGGGGCGGCGCCUCCCCGCGCGAGGGGCUGCCUCUUCCCUUCCUUCUUCCGAGGGCCCCGCCAGCGGAGGCGCGCGCAGCGUCCGUGAGGCCCACGGGGGGCGCGCUGCCGAUGCACGGGCCGACGGGCCGCCGAGACAAUUCGCCGCCAGGAGGUGGCGGUGUUGCGAGGGGUGUGGCCGCAACGGGGG